GCAGGCCUGUGGCAAUUUGUAUUUUAUACAAAUCAGUGGCACGAGGUAGAGAGGAGCUGCAGUUAGGGCAUCAAAAAUGAUCAUCCCUGUGCGCUGCUUCACCUGCGGCAAGGUGAUUGGUAAUAAAUGGGAUACAUAUCUGGACCUUCUACAGGCUGAUUAUACUGAAGGUGAUGCUCUUGAUGCACUGGGCCUGGUUCGCUACUGCUGCAGGCGCAUGCUGAUGACUCAUGUCGACCUCAUUGAAAAGCUCUUGAACUACAACACUCUCGAGAAAAAUGAAACCAGCUAAAUGGGUGCUGUGCUGGGAAGAAAAUGGCCAUAUAGAAACUUGAAGCUUAUACAAGGCCUCAGUGAUUUGAGGAAUGUACAUAUUAAAACUUGUUGAUUAUCAUGCGCAAACCUCAUCCUAUGGUAUUUUUCAGUGGUCUUUGGACUUGUAUGACUAGUUUUGCCGCCAGCCCCCACACACAGGGGACUAAGUUUUGAGCUACAGAAACUGUGAUGUGCCAUGUGAUUUGGUGAUUGCAACAAACAACAUGUCUUUUGUAUUGUAAGGUAAACCAACUGAAGCUAUUAGUAAAAAAGCAUGCGCAUCUGAGAACA